UAAUAAAACGCUUAGUUUGUAAUUUAGCUAGGUAGAGUUGGAAAUCACAGAGUAGGGCUCAAGUAGUAGAUAGUUAAUGAAUUGAAGGCAUUAAGUCAAUUUAAAAGCACCCCACCUAGAGAAUAUCGAUCCAGCCACCCAAUUGCCUCCUUCGUUUCUCUAAUAAUUUCAACCUCUCUUUGUCUUUCCCUACCUAGCUAGUUCCUUCUAUGAAUUCACCUUAGCUUCACCACCCUCUCUUACUAUUGUACUGUUAGGCAGCAACCAUAUAUUACUAAUCACUAAUCACUCAUCACUCAUCACUCCUAGCUUCCUCUUUCAUUUGCACAUUUCAUUCUGGAAUUCAUCACUUUCAUUUCCAACCAUGACUUGCUCUCAGGAUCAAAAGGUAACAACAAUGGUGUUGAAGGUUGAUCUUGAUUGUUGUCAAUGCUACAGAAAGGUUAAAAAAGUUCUCUGCAAAUUCCCUCAAAUACGAAACCAAGUGUUCGAUGAAAAGAAUAACACGGUGACCAUCACCGUGGUUUGCUGCAGUCCUGAGAAGAUCAGAGACAAGCUUUGCUGCAAAGCUGGCAAAUCCAUUAAGAGCAUCGAGAUCGUCAAGCCUCCUCCACCCAAGCCUGCUCCUAAGCCUACUCCCGCUCCCGCUCCUGCUCCAGCAUCCGAGCCUCCAAAGCCGCCCAAGUCCGCUCCAGCUCCCGCUCCUGCUCCAGCACCCGAGCCUGAGAAGCCUAAGCCUGCUCCCGACCAGAAGCCGCCACCGAUGCAGAAAAAUGGCUCCAAGAAUGGCUCAAAGAACGGCUCCAAGAAAUCCGACCCCCCACCUGAGGCAGCUCCAAAAGCAGCUCCAGCCCCAGCUCCAGCUCCAGCACCCGCACCCGCACCCGCACCCGCACCCGCGCCAAAGCAACCUGAGCCACAGGCCCAAUGGGUGCCUGGCUAUCCCCCAGCAGGUCCACCACCUCAGGCAUUUCCGGUAGCGAUGUGCUGUACUCCUUGCUACGAAGGUAGACCCGGUGGGCCAUGCUAUGGGCCUGGGCCCGGGUAUCCGUACGGUUACUACGGGCGACCAUGCCCACCCCAACCCUACUGCGUUAGUCGGUGCGAUUAUUUCAGCGAGGAAAAUCCUUCUGCAUGUUCUAUCAUGUGACCUGUUUUUCAGCGAACCUUAAUUCAUUCCCUCUUUAAAUCGUUUGCUAA